AGCAGGCAAAGCUGGACGCGGAAGAAGAACAAGCAAUUGAGGCCGACCGAGCGGCCAUCCGGGCGAGUGAGGCAGCUCGAGCGAAGCUUGAUCGUCUCCGAAAGCAAAAGCGUUUUCUACAAAAACGAAAGACUGAGAUGCUCCGUCGCGACCUUCGUACCCUUGACGAGUUGGAUGCUGCGGAGGAAGCUGAGCGUCUUGAAAAUGAGCGUGCAGAGAAAGAGAAGGAAAAUGCGAGGGAGAUGGUAGAAAGGGAUGCCGAGCUAGAGCGUCUACUGGCUAUGCCCAAUUCCGCUGGCCCCUCGCUCGAUCCUGCUUUUCUCGAGGCUUACCCUGCUGACCACGCGCUGUGGGCAGACCUGGGUUUCGGCGGUGGAAGUCCUGAAGUUCCACCGGGUACUGGUUGA